AUGUUAGAUCCACCUGUCACUCUUACUAGACCUCUACCACCUGCUAGAAAAUCAUUCUCAAACAGAAUCAAUCCUAAUUCAACCAAAUCAACUAUCCCUUCAUCAGAUUCAACUUCUCCAAUCCAAUCACCAUCAUCACCUAUCCCAAUCUCAAUCCCAACUCCAACUCCAAAAAUAUCUCAACUCAAUACUUCUUUAUCUGAUUCACCAUUAAAUGUAGCUGCUAGAUUAUUACAACAAAACUUAUUACCCACAGGAACGGUUGAUUUUAAUGGUUGUGGUAGUUUUGCUGAAGCUUGGAGUCAAGAAACAGAUGAACCAGUUCAACCAACGUCCACCACCACCACCAUCACAACUAGUCUUCCUCCUGAUUUUGAUCAUCAACUUAAUGAUGAUGAUGAUGAUCUUCAAGAUUCUCCUAAACCAAUCACUCUUGAAUGGGUUAAUGCCAAGACUCGUGAAGAACUUGAAAACCUUUUGUUGGCGGCUGAUCGGGUGAUACGUGAACGUGAAAGAGACUUGGGUAUUGCUGCUUCGAUUGGUAAAUCGUUACUUGAGAAUAACAUUGCUCUUCGUGCUCGUCAAGAAUCGUUAUUGGCUCAACAUGCUUCGUCACCUCCUACAAGUCGUAUCAUUUCUCGUCGAACGGAUGGCUCAGAGUACAUCGAAGGUCGACCACCUCCUUCACCACACAACACGGUCACUAACCUUGCCAAUGAGCGAGACACACGAUCUGAUACACCUAUCGAUACCUUUCGAUUCCCAACCAAAACCUUAAAUCCACACCAUGAUCAUCGACGUCAUUCAACAUGUUCUAGCAUUUCAUCCAUCACAGGUCCCACUCAAUUCAGAAUCACACCCAAUCAUUUAAACAAUUCACCAUCUAUCUUGAAUAGGUUAUCAGAACAAAACGAAGCAUUAGCCGGAGAAUUAGCAGCCUUGGAAGCCGAAACGUCUGCAUCUGAACAAAAAGGUAAAAGAAGAUUACGUAAAUUGGUCAAAGAAUUAGAUAGUUUACGUGAAGAGUUGAGAGCUACGGAAGAACGAAAUCGAUUGCUUGAAGAAGAACGUGCUCAGAUUGCUUUUCUGGCGGCUAAUCAACGUACCACCACUGAACUUCCUAGACCUUCUAGUUCUGUUCUGAACCAUCUUGAACUUGAACAUCACAACAUGGAACGUAUUCAACACACUAUGAAUCAUAGGAAUGAAAAAGUCAAUUUAGCUUGUGAGGAUGGAAAUGUAGAUCAUAUUCUCACUGAAGAUCGGAACAUUGAUGAACCAAUCAUCAAGUUUUCACACCAAAAAACUUUAUCACACGCUUCAUCCAUCAUGAGUUUAGAUGAUACAACCAUAAUAGCCAGCGAAACGAAUUCCACCGAAAGAGCCUUAGUAUCUCAAUUAUUAUCUAAAAUAUCAGAAUUAGAAGAAUCACAACAAGAGUUUGAUGAAGAGAGAUUAGAAAUGAAAUUCAAGUUGAACAAAGCGAGAGAUGAAGUUGAAAGUUUAAAGAAACAGGUAGAUGAAGUUGAAGAAGAAUUGAAAGAAGUGAGAGAAUUAGAUGGAAUCAAUCAGAGAGGAUUGAUUGGUUGGAAAGAAACUGAUGAUGAUCAUGAUCAUGAUCAUGGAUCGAGUCCGAAUUGGAAAGGUAAACUUUUGAAAAAAGCUCCUGGGAAUCGUAAGAUGAUUGAGAAUCGUAAAAAGUAUAGGAAGAGACAUUGGCCAGCAGUGGAGCAUCACUCAGCUAGUAUUUCGAGUGAAAACGAUACACCUGAUUCUCGACUUUCGAUUGACUCUCACACCUUUUAUCGAGAGGAAUCACCUUCUCCAUCGAUGCGUGGUAGACCAUUAUCAUUCACUCUGACUCAUGCAGAUGCAGAUGAAGAUGAACAUCAACACCAACGACGUAUCCUUCGUACACUUGGUCAUAUCCCUUCGGCUACACCUUCGAUUGGGAGUUCUGAAGAAGGAGAUCAUAGUCUUCGUCUUCGAGCUCCUCCUGCUCAGAUCGGUCGACGUAAAACUAGUCUUUCACAACAAACAUGGGCAGAUGAAGAACCAGAGGAAUCAGAAGAAGAUGAUCAGAAUCAAACCCCUUCACCUACUAGACCACCUACGCGUCUUGGAUAUCCUGAUUCUGGACUUCAAUUAUCAGUUCAAUCUAAGAGUGAUGAUGAAAGUCAAACGUAUCUUGAAAGAAGUCGAUUUGAAAGAUCGAUGAAUGAGAUGGAAUCGUAUGAUGAAUUACAAAGAGCAGUAGCCGAAUUACCAGUAGCAUGGGCAGAUGAUGAUGAAAUCGGACAACCAGAAACGAUGUUAUUGAUCAAUGAUUCGAAACAACAACAACAAGGAAGGGAUCCUAAAUCAUUGAAAUCUGAAACUAAUGAAUGGGUUUAUGAAGUUGAAGAUUCAGAUUUAGAAGAAACAAAUCAAAAGAAGAAGGAUUUAGAAGAUCCAUGGAAAUCAACUAGGUAUCCAUCACAUCGGAUUUCUAAUCAAGCUCAUUUAAAUUUAGAAAAGUAUAGAAGACAUUAUCGAGUCUUGUUGGGAAAAGGACCUAAUAGACCAUUACCUAAUAGUUCAUCAGAUGAUGAAAGAUCGACCGUUUCGAAUUCUCAUACCCAUCAUCAAUCUUCUUCUGAUAGGAAUAGUAGUGUUCAUGAACCUAAUCAAGGACCACUUCGAUCGCCUAGAAUGAAAUCUACUAAGCGAAAAGUGAGUAGAAGAGAAAGAGCUUUACGUAGGUUAGGAAUGGAAGGAGUGAUUGAUGAAGAAAGAACAGGAUCAACUUUAUCAUCAUCAUCUUCUGGAUCAUCAUCAUCAGAGGAAGAGAGUGAGAAUUCAGAAGAAGAUGAAGGAGGAUCGGUAGAGGAAGAUUCAUCGUGGGAUUAUAUUGAUCAGAUCGAUCAUGAAUCAAGAUUACAGGGAAAGAGAGGAACCGAUUAUUAUCCGAUGACCAUCAAGGCUAGAAACUCACCUGGAAUGAUUGCUACUAGGUUACAAGUCACGAGUCAGGGAUGGAGAACGUUUGUGUAUCAGUGGGUCAAGUUGGUGGGAGUGAUUGGGUUUGCGGUUAGUUGGGCGGUUUGGCAAGGUCCUAAGAAGAUGUUGGGUGAUGGGCAACGGUUUGAUGAUGAUGAUGAACAUGAUGAUGAAGGAGAGCAAGAUGGGAUCGGAUUUCGAAGGGAGAAGAAAGGCGGUAGGAAGUUGAUUGAGAGAGGCAAGUUUGAGAAACAGGAUCGGAGUGCGGGUGAUGAGAGGCUUUGCCAUGGAGAACUUGAGGAGAAUUUAGAAACUUCUAGUGGGGGUGGGGUGAGUGUUAGUUUAAGUGCUAGUGGAAGUGCUACUGGAAGUGGGAGUGGAAGUGGGAGUGGUAUGAGUGGAAGUGGGAGUGGUAUGAGUGGAAGUGGGAGUGGGAGUGGUGGGAAGAGUGGAAAGAGUGGGAAUAGAAAGAAGGAAAAGAAGUUGGCUUUUAAGAUGAGAUCGUCGAACUUAUCAAUUGAUUGA